ACGAUUUUAGUAAAAUGAUAGACCAAGUAGCCGAAGUAUUAGGCUGGAUGCAGCAAAAAGAUGGUAGUAGACUUAGAGAUGCAGAGAACUUUAUCCAAGAAAAUUCAAAUAAAGAGGGAUUCCUACCGUGCUUAUUGGAGAUCACAGGAGAUUCGAGGUAUAAUGGCUCAGACUCAGAAGUCAAUAUUGCAAUGGGCGCUGUAACCAUCCUCAGAAACCAUAUUGAUGAAAGAUGGGACCUAGAUGAUAUUUCUGAGAAGGAUAGAACAAUUCUGAGAGACAAUAUAGUUCCUACCAUGGGACAAUGAACAGACCUAACCAUCAUGUAUAGUCUCGAAGAUUGUGUUCAGACAAUUGCAUUCGAGGACUAUCCCCAAAAUUGGAGUGGAGCCCUUGAACAAAUCGGAGAAAGAAUGGUUGAUGAAGAUCCCUUGAUUCAAUACUCCUCUCUAUGAGCCCUAAAAGCUAUAGUAAAGAAAUAUCAGUCCAAGCUUGGAGCAGAGAGGAACAAUCUGCUUGAGAUUACCAGGAACUCCUUCGAUGUUCUCGAAUCUUUAUUCGAGAGUCAUCUUGGAAUAUUCAAUGACACUUCAGUACUAAUCCUGACAGUGUUAACAAAAAUCUUCUUUUAUGCAAACUAUGUAAUCGAGAUUGACCUCCACCAAAUCGAAACAGGCAAGAUCCAAAAAUGGAUCAGCUUUUUCACAGAUAUUAUGAACAGAGAGUUUGAAGAUUUGGAGGUCAAUGAGGAUGAUGCAUCCAAAAUCGAAGAAAAAGAAAAGGAUUACAGAACAAUCCUGCUUGGAAGCGUCUGCCAAGCUUCGUAUAGACUCCUUCAAAAGUUUGGAAACAAGAGAAUUUAUAGAAAGAAACCAGAGUUUGCUGAUUACUACAUUAAAGAACUCGCUGAGCCUUGUAUGAUGGCCCAUUUAAAUAUUAUCUCUAAGAAGGAUAAGUUCGUUGGAAGAAAAGCAAGAUAUUUUUCACUCAGAUUCAUUGAACUCUCAAUUCAAAAUAAAGGAGUUAACAGUUUGAUAGAACCUCACAUGGAGCAUCUCCUGAAAGACUAUAUCAUGCCUCUUGUAGGAAUGAGUGUGCAUGAUGCUAUUGAAUUCAGAGAUAACCCAGGGGAGAGUAUCAGAAAAGAGCUUUCUUCAGACCCUGCUCAAAGUGAUAACUGUCCAAAAGUUGCUGCAAAGGGGCUCUUAGUUGAGCUUGUAAAAUAUAUUCCAAACAAAACUUAUACAUCUCCUCCACUGCUAGAAACCUGCUUAGAAAUAAUCAUGGACCAUCUGAAUGAGUACAAGAAAGAUCCAGAUAUGGAUUUCAGAGUGAAAGAUGCUUGUCUCUAUGCUUUAUAUUCAAUUGCCCCUGUUAUUGAUGAUUAUCAAGCAUUCCUCGAUCACAUCGAAGACAUCCUUAAUGAGCAUGUCUUAUGAGAACUUAAUGGAGACAAUGACUUCCUGAAAGCAAGAGCUUUGCUCUUCUAUAAUGAGAUCACUAGCAGACUUGAUCUUGAGAAUCCAGAAUCAACUGAAGAAUAUCUUAGCUUGCUCUGAUCAAACCUAGACAAAUCUCAGUGUCUAAAUGUCAGAGUUUACGCCCUUUCCUGCAUCAAGCAGAUGUGCAACCAAGACAAAGGAGAGGAAUACCUUAGAGAUAAAGUUGGAAACCUCCUUGAAAUUAAUCUAGAAGUCUUAGAUGAGUUCUUCAUCGAAGAUUUGAUCGAAACUCUAAAUGAAAUCGUUCAUGUUUUUAACAAAGAAGCUAUCCCAUUUGCUCUUGAUGUAUGUACAAGACUGACAGAAGCUUACCAGGAUAUUAUGACUCAGCUUGGAACUAGUGAUACAGAGCUCGAAAAUUCCAAGAUGGCCAACACUGCCAAUGGGUGCAUCAAUGCCAUCUAUAGAUUAAUCACAAGUAUUGGCACUCAAGGCAAGCCAGAGGAUAGAGAAGUCAUUAUGAAAAUUGAAGAAAAUUCUCACGAUAUUCUAUUCCAUUCCUUAGACCUCAAAUAUUCAGAUGUACAUGAAUCAGUGAUGACUUGCAUUGGAGCAAUAACUUUCUACUGUGAAAAUGUGACUCCUAAUCUCUGGCAGUUAUUUGAGAAGCUUGUUGAAUUAGUCUCUCACCAUCUUAAUCCUGAAACUACUGACUAUGGAUACAUCAGCCCAGGAAUUCUUGGAAUUUUAAAUCUGAUGCAGAAAGACCCAGAUACAUUUAUUAACAUAAAAAUGAGUACUGAUAUAACACCUUAUGAUGCUGUUGUUUCCAUUAUCACCUCAAUCAUUGACUUAUCUCAUGAUGGGGAGGAGGAUCCUAUCUUGAACAAAACAGGGACAGAGCUAGUCAUUGGACUCUUGGAGAACCUUCAUGGAAAGAUUGAUGAUUCAAUCCAUCACAUCAUCGAGCUCCUCGUCCAAGAAAUUGGAGAUAAUACAGAUACUUCUGCUAAGAAGAUGGUCAUCCAAGGUCUUUUAAUGUGUUUUGCUUACAACUCUCCUUUGACCUUCAGAUUUCUUGAAGAGAAAGACUGGACUCAAGGCGUGUUUCAAGUAAUUUUUGAACUUCUGCCAGAGAUCAAAUAUGAUUUUGAAAUAAAAAGAAUGACGUUAGGACUACUCUCAGUAAUUUCAUGUAAGGAAACCGAGAUCCCUCAGCUUGUACUAGAGGCAAUGCCAAAUAUCUUCCAACAAAUCCUCCUUUUGUGUCAGAAAUCAAUCUACAGCAGAGAGCAGAAGGCGAGAUCUCCUGAAGAAAAGGAAAAGGAGCAAUAUGAAAAGUCCUACAAUAUUCUGGAUGACUGGUCUGACGAAGAUGAAUAUGAUGAAGACGACGAUUAUAACCCAGAUGACUCAAAGACAGAGAGCGAAGACCUCUACAAGUCCUUCACAGAGAGUGUUGAUGAAAUCCAGGAAGUAAAGAGUGUAAUGCAUAGCCUUGGAAGUAAUAUUUACGAUCUUUACUUCGGUAAAGUUCCAAGGGAUGAUAUUGCCUCUCUUGAAAAUUGCUUCAGCAGUCCUCUGGUCACAAAUUAA